UCUCAACGGCGAGUCACGUGUCUACACUAUCAGACAAUUGAAAGCAGUGAAAUAACGCAUAAUGGAUCGAGGAACGAUAUCAUACACAUCGAAAGUGUCUGUGGCAGGUGUAGAUGAAAAAUUACCAGUGUUAGGAGUCAGUACUAAAAUGGGGAUGGAGGCCAUAAAGGCAAGGAGGUGCUUCUCAAGGGCUGUGAACCGCGGGGUGCAGCUCCUGGACACAGCCUAUUCCGACAUGUGCGAGCAGGAGCUGGGCAAAGUUCUCAACCUGUGCUGGAGGAGAGGCGACACUAGGAAUGAGUUUUUCAUCAUCACGAAGCUGCCCCUCGUCGGCAUGAAAUGGAACAUGGUCAGCAGGUUUUUGGACAUAUCCCUCAAAAACCUGGGCUUGAACUACGUGGACGCCUUUCUGAUGGAGGCGCCCGUCGGUCUACAGUUAUUCGCAACGUUCUCUUCCUCUACAGACAUAAAUGAUAGCGAAGUCCGUCCAGUGGACGAAAAGGGAAACUGUCUUUUGGACUUGACCACAGACCUGCUGGAAAUUUGGAGGCAUAUGGAAAUAUUGUUAACAUCUGGUCGAACAAGAAUGAUUGGAGUUAGUAACUUCAAUAUAGAGCAAGUGGAGUGCCUCAUCAAUAGGGCUCGCAUCCCUCCGGCAAUAGCGCAGCUCGACAUCAACGCCUACAACAUGCGCAGUAUUGAGAGGAGGCAGCUCAGUGACCUCGGUGUCUCCGUGAUGGCUGUGUACGUCACUGGGAACCCCCUGCUCGAUGACAGUGAUAAGCUGCCGGUCUUGCGGAAGCAUCUCAAAGUGAAGGAGAUUGCCAGGAUCCACAACGUGAAUUCUGUCUGUGUGUUGAUCAAGUACCUCAUCCAGCAGCGCAUCGUGUCCCUCGUCAAGUUCACCUCUGUAGACGAGCUUGACAAGAUCUUUGAGACUCUCGAUUCCUUCACGCUCACUGCCACAGACCUGGGAACGCUUCAUUCCUUGGAUCAAGGAGGAGACUUGCGACUCAGGGAUUUUGUUGAUUACAAAGGAUGUCAGAAUCAUCCAGAGUUCCCUUUCUCUUACGAUGCUAGACAUCCAGACGUGAAUCCUGGAAAGUGGAAGCGUUCCCGAAAUUUGCUUGGCACUCCACCACGGUACGACUUCCUUGACCCAAAUUGUCCCUUCCCGAUCAACGAGUAUGAUCAUCGAAGGCUUCCCUCCCAUCCGCCACAACCUUACACAACCAGUAACAAAAGAUCUCUGAGUGAUAUUGAAGAAAACACACCAGAACGAGAUGAGGCAGACAACACACUUCCAAAAAUCUGGGCGAAGGGUUACAUCACUUUAACUAUUACGACGGAGAACGGUCCCCUUAAAAAUGCUCCAACCAAUCUUUCAGGGGAAUUUCAAGUCCCUCUACAAGUUGAAGGUAUUGUGAAGAAGGAUAUACCUGAAGAGACUGGUAAUGAAGAAGAACACGGAGGCACAGAAGCAGUAAAAAGAAAUCAUCCGUUACGCCUCAGAAUUCCAUCCCCCCGAAUCCCUUCCACGGCUCUGGCUCAAAGACGUUCUCAAGCCGUGACAGGUCAAUUUCGGAAAGAAACACGACAUCGGAUGCGCCGAGAAGAUGAAAUACCUUAUCAGCCAUACACCAAAAAGUGCGGGUGCGAGUGUCCUAAGUGUGAUAAGAAAAGCCCAGCGUCUGGAAAUAAGAAACGGCAGUAA